UCUGAAGUAUUGAGCGCUUAUUUAAAGCAAUGCCACGAACCGUUUUGGACAUCAUAUUUUGUAAAAGAUGUUAAAAACGAUCAGCGUGGAAUGUCGCACUUCAAUUGGACGCUCGAUACGGGCACAAAUUAUCAUAUACUGCGCACAGCUUGUUAUCCGUAUAUGAAGUACCACUGCAGCAAGCGUGAGGUACAGGAUCUUUCGAUGGAGGACAAAUUCUUUCGUUUCCUUAAGGUCAUAAAUUUGGGACUCCCUAUGCUGUUCUAUGGACUUGCAGCUAUUCGAUUAAUAAGCCAUAAAGAAAUGGUUCGAGUCAGCGACGUAGAGGAGGUACCUAUUUACUUUCUAUAUGCCGAAGACAAAGGGUCUAGAUUUUGAAUUUUACUAAAAAAAAAUGUC